UGACGCUCUUCCCAUCGUUCGUUCGUUCGUCCGUUUCUGUAAAAAAGUUCUCAAUAGAGUCGUGUUCUAUCCGUGUGACAGUUUGUUCGUGCGUGUUUUAAUUGAAAAAGAAAAAUAAUAAUAAUAACAACAAAAAAUGGCCGAUACAGCAGUAGCGACCGAAGCCCCAGCACCCGCGACCCCGGCGAAGAAGCCUAAGGCUUCGGCCGCCGCGGGCGGCGCCGCCAAGAAGCCGAAGGCUAAGCCCACACACCCUAAGACAUCCGAAAUGGUAAACAGCGCGAUAAAAGAGUUGAAAGAGCGCAGCGGUUCCUCUCUGCAAGCGAUCAAAAAAUAUAUCGCCGCUCAAUACAAAGUCGAUUCGGAAAAGCUGGCUCCGUUCAUCAGGAAGUAUCUGAAGAGCGCCGUGGAAUCGGGAGCUCUCAUACAGACGAAGGGCAAGGGCGCUUCCGGCUCGUUUAAGCUCGAAUCGAAAUCGUCCGCAUCGAAGAAACCGGCCGGCGGCAGCGGCGGCGGAGCAUCGGGCGGCAAGGGCGCCUCGUCUUCGGCCGCGUCCGGUAAAUCGAAGAAAGCCUCGUCCGCUUCGGCCGCAGGCAAGGGAGGCGCGAAGAAGGCCGCCGCCGCCGCUGCCGCCGCCGCCGCUGCGGCCGCCGCGGCCUCCGCCGGUGCGGCGUCAUCGCCGUCGAAGUCCAAACCGAAGGCAGCGACUAAGGACAAAAAAGCCGCCGCCGCUAAGAAGAAGCCGGCGCCGAAGAAGGCGGCCGUCGCCGCGACGCCUUCUAAGGCGAAGGCCGGCGCCGCGUCGAAGGCGAAGAAGAGUGCCAAACCGCCCACUAAGAAGCCAAAAGCUCCUAAACCGAAGAAGGCAGCCGCAGCGACGCCCAAGUCGAAAGCGGCAGCUAAGAAAGCGGCCGCCGCCAAGAAGUAAGCCGGUGACGUACGAAAGUGUUAAAACAACAACAAUAACAACUUCACGCGUCUCACGACGCCCUCGCGGUGUCGCUCGGCGUGUCGUCGUUUCGUUGCCAUCAUCACCAUCAUGGUAAUCGUCGUCAUCGUGCCGUCGGCCGCAGCGUCCGUCCGUUGGCGCGAUGUCGCUGCGACGACUACGACGAUGUUGAAGAAAAAGAAAAAGAAAAAGAAGAAGAAGAAUAAUAAGACGACUAAGUCGGGUGUCGAUACAAGCGAGUGCGGCGCGUUAAUCGCACACUAAAAAGCCCUUUUCAGGGCUAACAAAAACUUCCCAAAGCAAUCGUAAAUUUUUACGUAUCUACGCGACGUUUCAAACGAUCAUAUGACGUCAAUAUACAAAAAGAGUCGCAAUAUAUUAAUAGGUGUACCAUACAAUCGUAUUUAUAAAAUAAAUAAACAAAUAAUAGAAAAAAAAAAAUCUCAUACUAUAAACACAUACACAGACGCUACGAGUAUACAAACAAAGCUUUUUCGCGUUACUACUACAUAUCUAUAAGUAAAAAAUAAAAUAAAAUGAUAAUAUCAUACAAUUUACGACAAUAGAAUAUCCGCAAACGUUCAUUAUCAUUGAAAGUAAACAACAACAGUAACAAUAGAACAACUAAUUAAAGCAUUUAUCACUUACAAUAUUAGUUAUAA